GAGCAGAGAGAGCAUUCCCCAGCAGUCCUCCUCUGACUCUCUCAUCUCUCCUCUGCCUCUGACUCGCAGGCAGCGCGGACUUUUAUACCCAAGCUAAAUUUAGGGGGGCUGGUCGCUGCGCUGCGUCCUCAUCCUGGACGCACUUCCUUCCCCCAGCCUCACAUUGGUCUGAUUCGGGCCGCGAAGAAUAUUUAUAAGAAAAAGCAGCAGCUCCUUCCAGAGACACACACAGCUGCAGCAGAGAGGAGCCGCUCGCCGGAUGGGCAGAACAUCGACGCGUUCUCUAGUUUGUUCCUGGAAACUCAGCGGACUCUAGAGAUUUUAUUUAACUCAGAGAAAGUGUUUUUUUUCCUGAAAAUUUAAAGAAGAUUUCUUGAUUUUUUGAUUUGAAACGCAUGGAAAUGGCCUUGAGUGGGACCAUUUUACCAUCGAUCUCUACAUUUUCUAUCCAAAAGGAGAAAUGUUGGGAAGAUAGAUGGAAAGGUGACAUGAGCAGCUUAACACCCAACAUGAGCAGCAGCUGCCUGGGGAGAAAGGACGAAGAGGAGCUGGAUAAGUUCUUGGAUCUUGAGUUUAUUCUCGCUAACACCGCGGUGUCCGACGGCGCGCCAGCAGCAGGGACGGGCGCAGAUUCUUAUCAGACGGGGGCGUCUGUGUAUCAUCAUCAGCAGCAGUCCAGGAUGACCCAGCAGCACACCAGUUACUCCUCUGUGCAGGACAUGAACAGCAGCCCUCCUCCGCCGCCUUACAGCAGCCUGAUGGCGGAGCUCCUCCGCUCCGACGUGGACACGAGCUUCCUCCCCGGGAACAGCUCGAGCAUCCAGGGCCGGUUCCUCAUCAGCUCGUCCCCCUUCCAGACCUCUCAGGACUUAUUCCCCGAACACCCCAACAUUAAAGUAGAGCCCGCCUCUAUGGACACGUACGGACCUGUCAUGGGUCUGGUGCCUCAGAGCUGCGCCAAAAUCAAGCACGAGGGGAACAUCUCGUGCAUGAUGUCAUACGAGCAGCAGCCACGGUUGGCCAACUCACCUCAGACACCUCAGGGCAGCCUCACGCCGCCUCUCAGCCCCAACGACCUGAUGAGCUCCGAGUGCCACCAGCCUCAGAUGACGUUCCAGCAGAGCUUCCAGUCUCACCACCGCUGCGCGCCCGGGGCAUUCCCUCAGCAGCUGACGUACCCCGGGGCGCACCAUCAUCACCACCACCACCAGUUCCCCGGCAUGUUCGGGGACGACGUGGCCAUGGGGGGGCUGCAGCAGCAGCAGCAGCCGGCGGCCGGACAGCGGGUCCUGCUGACCCCGCCGUCCUCCCCGCUGGAAAUGAUGGACAGCAAGCCGAAGAGGGGUCGCCGGUCCUGGCCCAGGAAACGGACAGCAACACACACGUGCACUUUCGCUGGCUGUGGGAAGACCUACACCAAGAGCUCGCACCUGAAGGCGCACCUCAGGACGCACACAGGAGAGAAACCAUACCACUGCAGCUGGGAGGGCUGCGGCUGGAAAUUCGCUCGUUCCGAUGAGCUCACGCGUCACUUCCGGAAGCACACCGGACACCGGCCGUUCCAGUGUCACCUGUGUGAACGGGCCUUUUCCCGGUCCGACCACCUCGCUUUGCACAUGAAGAGGCACAUGUGAGGAAGAAGAAGAAGAAGACAAACGGAGUGGACAAGGACUUCUAUACAACAUGAUGAACUGUCAUGAUCAUGUGACCAGCUAUAGAAGGAUGCUAUGCAAAUAUACACACACCUUCCUUAAAGAGUGUUUAGUGGUACAACGACACCUGACUUCACUGUAAUACCUAUAGGUGUAUCAUAGGACUGUUAUAGUGAUUUUUCAUUGGGCCAAAGGAAACCUCGUGAGAAGAAAAAGUGAGAAAUAUCUAUUUUAAUAACAAAUCAUUGUUAAAGAAACAAAGCACAGAAUAAGAAGGAAAUAGAGCCAGAGACGACAGGAACAGAUUCACUCUGUUUAGACUUCUUCUUGUGUAAUGAUGUAGCUGGUACUACUUUCUGUGUGACUGUCAUUCCUCUCCACAUGUCGGGCACAUGCCGCUGAAGCAACUGGAAGCAGCCAAUCUUAAAAAAAAGAGAUUCAUCUUUUGUAAUGUUCUUAUCAGUGCCUUCUAUAACACAUUAUUACGAUCGCCUUAUUCUCCACUUGGCCAAAGACAAUCUGUUUAAUUAUGUGAGUGUUAACAGCACAUGAAAUAAGCUUUGAGACAACGUUUGUUCUAAAACUGCCUUUCACUCUGUCCUCCUCCAACGCUUGAAAAACAAUGUGGUGUUUUGUGUUUGUCAUUUAAAGUCAGGGUCUCGCAGGUCUCACACAAAGUGCAUUCCAUCUCAAUGCCAUGUCAUAACUAAAGGCUUUAAAGUCUUUGAACAAAAAAAACAUGUUUUUUUGUGUAUUAAAGAAAUGAACUGCCUUGUACAUAGAACUUUUCUACAUAAUGUAAAUAGUUUAUUUUAAUGUACAUAUUAAACUAAAUGAACAGUA